AAGAAGAAAGCGACGCCGUGUAGAGCACCCAAGCCAACGACAUUUAAAUUGAUUUAUAUUUGUAUAAAAAAAAAUACUUGACAAGAAAAAUUCUGUAUAAAGCGAAAGGUGGGAAAAACGGCAGCAAAGCGCGUAAAACAUUAUAUUUACACUGACGAUACUACGACUAGAAGUUUCAAACGUUAAUAAUUACAAAUAAAUUGCGUUUUUAAUUGAACAAAAGGUAAAAAUAUAAAGAAAACAUUGAAAAAUGAAUGAUAAAGCGGAGGGAGUCGUAGCAUUGAGCGAUGGAGAGUGUGAUGGUACAGUUUCACCAACGCCUGCAACUGUACCCAAAAAGCGCGGUCGUCCUGCUAAUGCAGAAAAACCAAAGAAAGUCCCUACUGGACGCGGUAGAGGAAGACCAGCUAAGGGAGCAGAAGUGGCAAAUAAAAAACCAGCUAAAGCAGCCGUUUCCGCCGAUGGUAGUGAAGAAGAGGGCACAGCUAGUGAUGGCGGCAGUCCCUUGCCCAACGGUGAUGCUGUAGCAGAGGCUUCUCCGGGACGAGGACGUCAACCAAAGGGAAAACGUAAAUUAACUCAUACAAUUGAGGCCACGGGCAAAGGACGCGGACGUCCUAAGAAAAAUCCCAAACCCGAAGUGGCCGAUGAUGCUGACGAAGGCGCCGACGACAAUGAAGAUGGUGCAUCUAGCGAUUAUAAACCGGGCAAAAAGGGCACAACCACCAAAGCGGCCAAAAAAGGACGCGGACGUCCUAAAAAAGUGCAGAAUAGUGAUGAUGAAAGUUCUGAUGACAAAAUGGAAGAUGAUGAGGAAAAGCGUCCAGUGGGUCGUCCUUCAUCCGGUGGUGUCAAUCUUAAUAUUGCUCAUAGUGGACGCGGUAAGGGACGUCCGAAAAAGGAAGUAGCCGCUAAACGGGUUGCUGAAGCAGAAAAUGGUGGCGGUGAAACAACAAAAAAACGUGGAAGACCCGCAACAUCAUCCGCUAAGCCAUAUGUACCUACUGGAAAACCACGUGGUCGCCCUAAAAUGGCGGUUCAAGGCAAAGGUUCACAAGAUGACGAAGAUGAUGAUGAUGAAAAUCCCUCAGAAAAAGUUGCAGAAAAUUCAGCUGACGACGAUGAGGAAGAUGAGAAAAUGAAAAGUGACGAUGAGGAUGCAAAUUAAAUGAGCAUCUAACUCAUAAAAAGCAUUAUUUACAUUCAAAAUACAACACAUUAAAAGGAACAAAUUUAACUUGUACUAAAAAAAUGUAUGAAAUGAAAGUAUAAUUAUAUAUUUAAAGUCAUUUAAAGUAAAACUCAAAUUUAAAGAAAAGAAUACAUUAAAAAUGCUGCAAUAUCAAGUGUCAGUAAAUACUU